UAUUUAUACAAUGCAAUAUGGUAAAAAACUUGUAGAGGAUUUAACAAGGUCAAAGAUUGAAAUAUUAGAAGAUUUCUCAAGAGUAACUGAGUCAGUAGAAUCAUUAGAUAGCUUCUUGCCUUAAUUUCAUUGUGAAAAUAGAGAAUAAUUAGAAGUAGAGAGAAGGGUUGUUGCAUAUUUAAGAUCCUUAGGUAUUUAAUUCAAAACUGACCCUGCAAAGAAGGAAUAAGAUUAUUAGUAGAUGUAUUAUAAUAUAUUAGUGAAAAGCCAAAAAAGAGUGCCAUUAUAUUUUAAUAAACUAUUGGAGAGUCUCCUUAAAUAGGCCCAAUGACAGUAAUUAAACUUGUAGGAGAUUAAAGUACUACUUUGAGUGAUAAUGGAAUCUGGUUAAAUCCAUUUAAAGCAAGAAAAUAAUAAUCUUUUGAACUGUGAGA